GGAAGCGUCAGCAGUGGUCUGUGCUGCUGGUGGGAUGGAGAGUAUUUAACCCGCCUGGGAGAGUUUUUAGCCCCAUCCACCACACGGACUCUGACUCAAGCCAUUCAAGCCUUGAAAGUGAAGCAGAAAUCAGAGGAGGUUCUAAGAUGCCCAACUGGGGAGGAGGCGCUAAGUGUGCAGCCUGUGAGAAGACCGUGUACCAUGCCGAGGAGAUCCAGUGUAACAGCAGGAGUUUCCACAAGACCUGUUUUAUCUGCAAGCAGAGGAUCUCUGUGGCUCCUACAAAGUUACCAAGUUACCAUCUUGGCUACUCAUCCCACCUGCUAAGUGUUCAUCUUCUCUCCAACAUUCACUUCACACUCCAGGGUCCUCCUGAAAAUAGCAACACAAGACAUCUGACUUUGUGUGCUGUCACUGUGAGCUGCAGAAAAGGGCUCGACAGCACCACGGUUGCUGCACAUGAAUCUGAGAUUUACUGCAAAUCGUGUUACGGGAAAAAAUACGGACCAAAGGGCUAUGGAUAUGGACAAGGAGCUGGAGCUCUGAGCUCUGAUCCUCCAGGACAGGACGGAGAAGCACAGCCGCUAAACUCUAAACCUCGACAAACCUCUUCAAACCCCAACUCCAGCAAGUUCUCCCAGAAGUUUGGUAGCUCAGACCGCUGCCCCCGCUGCUCCAAAGCCGUUUAUGCAGCAGAGAAGGUGAUGGGAGCAGGAAAGGCGUGGCAUAAAACCUGUUUCCGCUGCGCUCUGUGUGGGAAGAGCCUGGAGUCCACCACAGUGACAGACAAGGAUGGAGAGCUGUAUUGUAAAGUUUGCUACGCCAAAAACUUUGGUCCAAAAGGAUUCGGGCUUGGCAACGAGGCCAUGUUGGAGGAGCGUGAAUAAACCUAUGGCUCUGCUGAACCCAUGGCGCCUCAACCCUGAAGAAAGAUGAGCAUUAUCAGCAAUGUUUAAACUCACAAAAUAAAAGCAUUUUGUUACAUCA